ACUUCCCAUUUACCGCCAGCCGAUGUGCGUUGACGACGUCAUCGCGUUCACCGUCCCGGAAGUGCGCGUGGCGGCGACGGCGACGGCGGCAGCGGGGCCGACGUGUAGUUGGUGACCACCUCUCCAGAUGCUGAGGUGCCUGUAUCAUUGGCACAGGCCAGUACUGAGCUGUAGGUGGAAUAGGCUGUGCCUUCUGAAGCAGUAUCUAUUUACAAUGAAGUUGCAGUCUCCCGAAUUCCAGUCACUUUUCACAGAAGGAUUGAAGAAUCUGACAGAAUUAUUUGUCAAAGAGAAUCACGAAUUAAGAAUAGCAGGAGGAGCAGUGAGGGAUUUGUUAAAUGGAGUAAAGCCUCAGGAUGUAGAUUUUGCCACUACUGCUACCCCUACUCAAAUGAAGGAGAUGUUUCAGUCGGCUGGGAUUCGGAUGAUAAACAACAAAGGAGAAAAGCACGGAACAAUUACUGCCAGGCUUCAUGAAGAAAAUUUUGAGAUUACUACACUACGGAUUGAUGUCACCACUGAUGGAAGACAUGCUGAGGUAGAAUUUACAACUGACUGGCAGAAAGAUGCGGAACGCAGAGAUCUCACUAUAAAUUCUAUGUUUUUAGGUUUUGAUGGCACUUUAUUUGACUACUUUAAUGGUUAUGAAGAUUUAAAAAAUAAGAAAGUUAGAUUUGUUGGACAUGCUAAACAGAGAAUACAAGAAGAUUAUCUUAGAAUUUUAAGAUACUUCAGGUUUUAUGGGAGAAUUGUAGACAAACCUGGUGACCACGAUGCUGAGACUUUGGAAGCAAUUGCAGAAAAUGCAAAAGGCUUGGCUGGAAUAUCAGGAGAGAGGAUUUGGGUGGAACUGAAAAAAAUUCUUGUUGGUAACCAUGUAAAUCAUUUGAUUCACCUUAUCUAUGAUCUUGAUGUGGCUCCUUAUAUAGGUUUACCUGCUAAUGCAAGUCUAGAAGAAUUUGACAAAGUCAGUAAAAAUGUUGAAGGUUUUUCACCAAAGCCAAUGACUCUUUUGGCCUCAUUAUUCAAAGUACAAGAUGAUGUCACAAAAUUGGAUUUGAGGUUGAAGAUCGCAAAAGAAGAGAAAAACCUUGGCUUAUUUAUAGUUAAAAAUAGGAAAGAUUUAAUUAAAGCAACAGAUAGUUCAGACCCAUUGAAACCCUAUCAAGACUUCAUUAUAGAUUCUAGGGAACCUGAUGCAACUACUCGUGUAUGUGAACUACUGAAGUACCAAGGAGAGCACUGUCUCCUAAAGGAAAUGCAGCAGUGGUCCAUUCCUCCAUUUCCUGUAAGUGGCCAUGACAUCAGAAAAGUGGGCAUUUCUUCAGGAAAAGAAAUUGGGGCUCUAUUACAACAGUUGCGAGAACAGUGGAAAAAAAGUGGUUACCAAAUGGAAAAAGAUGAACUUCUGAGUUACAUAAAAAGACCUAAAACUGAUGGCUACUAAAAAGCAGAGCAUUUCUGGUAAGAUUAAUUUUCUCCCCUCUCUCUUAAUGAGGUUUUAGAAACUACAUCAUAAUAAAAGACAGUUUAGGGGACCUCUGUAGAACAACAAGGGUCUUAUUUUGUGAAAUAUAUUUCAAGAACUAAACUGAGAUCCGAUUUAUAUCACUGAAAUGUACAGUUCUUUUGGAAUAGUUUCCAUAGUUGGCUAUCAUCUUAACCUGUUCAGGCUUUUUAAAAAAAUUGUUUUUGCAUAGGGUAGUACUAAGAUCUUAAAAAGUAGUAACUGUCUUGAAGAAAAAAUGUUUAUUGUUUGCAAUUGAAAUAACUGGGUUACCUUGAACAAUGACUGUCUAUGAUGUGUCAGUUCUUAUCUGAAUUCCAAAAGAAACUUGGGCUUAAAAAGGAAAUAACUGACAGGUCUGCAUAAAAUAUGAAUACUAAAUGUGUCCCCAGUUGCUGGCAUUCAUACGUACAGGAUUUGUUCUAGCAAGUUAUGCUUUAGUAUGUGGUUGAUAUUUUCCUGUCACAAUGAUUUCUUUACGCUGCAGGGCCUGGGACAGUCAUGGGAUUAACUUGAGGGUUACUCUUGAGCCUAUUAUUUUAAUAAAACAUUGGUAUUGGAAGAUAAAUGUGUUUAUGUGGUAUCUGACAAUGUAUAUCAGGUGUCAUAUACAGUGGUAAUAUGGCUCUCUUUAAAGUAAAUGUUAUUUUAUUAAUUAAAAGGAUAUGGUUUACAUUCUUACAUAUUUGUUCUCUAAAGAUUUGAGUCCUAAAUGCUUUCAUUAGGUAAAUAAAAUGUAUAACACAAACUGUUUAUUUCAGCUGCUAUACUGACAUAUCAUUAUUUCCUUUCUGUGUAGCCAGUCAUAACAUCUUUGUGCUCUAUGAGCAAAUAGUAAUUUUGGACCUUGAUAAAACAAUUUUGUAGAGUAUAAUAUUUCUAAGAGGAAGUGUCACAGGGGCUAUGAUGCAAGAAAGCCUCAGAAAUGACUGCACACAGGUCAGUAAUUAAAUGCAUUAUAAAAUAAUACUUUGAAAUAUUUAAGUAGUGCCAAAAUACAGAUUUAGACCCAAAAUCAUAUAAUACAUACCAUUUCUGUAUAGAAAGUAUGCAGAGUUAGCUAUCAGAGGUUUGGUUUUGUCAUGUGUAAAGCCAUUUUCAGUAGUAUUAUAUGUGUGUUUUUACAGAUCAGAAAAUUUUAUUUGCUAGUAAGCAGUAUGGGACAUACUGAAAUUAUAACUAACUUUUCAGGGGGAAAGGUAACUCAUUGCAAAUGCUGCUGAAAAGAACUUCCUGGGAUCCACUUAGAGUCAGUUUUAGUGCAGUGUAAGAACUAUUAUGAACAACCAAUGAAGUCAUAUAAACCCACAAUUAUUAAAAGUAGUAGGCCAGGCGCGGUGGCUCAAUGCCUGUAAUGCCAGCACUUUGGGAGGCCAAGGCGGGCGGAUCACGAGGUCAGGAGAUCGAGACCAUCCUGGCUCUCACGGUGAAACCCCGUCUCUACUAAAAACAAAAAAUUAGCCAGGCGUGGUGGUGGGCACCUGUAGUCCCAGCUACUCGGGAGGCUGAGGCAGGAGAAUCACUUGAACCCAGGAGGCAGAGGUUGCAGUGAGCUGAGAUCGUGCCACUGCACUCCAGCCUGGGCAACAGAGCAAGACUCUGUCUCAAAAGAAAAAGUAGUAAAGUAGAGCUUAGAAAAAAUAAGGCAGGGGCAUAUCCUGAAUAGAAGCAUUCUUGAAUUUUCAUUUACUCUAUUUACAUAAAUAUGCAAUGUGAUACUCAACUGAUUUCACUCCACUCAAGGCAUGUCUUUUGGCCUCAUAAUAUUACUCUAGUUUGAGUAAACAUUUAACCUGAUUAGUUUUAAAGUAGCAAAAGAGUAUCAAUAAAACCAAAGUUAUUACACAAAUGUGAAAGGACCCACUAAACCAUUGAAUAUAAGCAAAGAGGUAGGUGGCAGAGCAGUCUUUUUAGAACUUUAAAAUUAUGAGUGAUAUAUUAUUUGAACAAAGAACAUGUUUAGUUUCACAUUUAAGGUUUACUUACAGAUUUUCUUCAAUCUUUACAUUGAACAAAAUACAGUAUCACGUGUAGCCUGUGUGAGGGGACAUGUUUUGGCAAAUUUUCCCUGUAAUAGUAGUUUUGGUUCAAAUUAAUUUUUGAAAAAUAGCUUUUGUAUGGAACAGUAUAAAUGGGCUUACAGUUCAAAUACUGAGCAAAUACACAAUACUAUUUUUUACUAACAGGCACAUAAAGGAAAUGACAACUAUUCGUGGGCUCAAAAAACUGCAUAUUUUAACUAAUUUUCAAAAUUUACAAAUCAGUAUCUCAGAGAAGCUAAAGAAAAUGGAAAGGAACAAAGCCCUUUUAGAAUUAUACAUUGCCUUGCUUCUUUCAAAAAGGAACAUGUACUUGUCACCCUAGCUUUUGUCACUUAGAGCACUGGUACAGAUAUGCUGUCCCAUACAUCAGGAUCAAAUAAUUCGUUUCACAUUGUAGGAAUUUUUUUUUACGCAGGAAAUAAUCUCAUUUCCAAACAUGUCUUCAUGUCCCAUCAAUGAUAUGCUGCCAGACAUAUCAGAUUCCACAGGAUAAUGGUACCAAGCUACCCAAGUAGAUGUUUCUAGUAUUCUAGACUGCUGUUCAUGCUCUCCAAAAGUAUACUUAGAAACUGCAACCCUCCAAGUAAUGUUGUGUUUACUUAGAUAUGUAUCAGACGCAAUAAUUUCCAAAGCAGAUCUGAUUUUAGAAUAUAACCAAUUUGUUAGAUAACUUUAUCUCUACCACAUCUGUUUACAAGCAAAGUAUUACUUUGUCUGGACUUAUUUCAUCUUCGGUGUCUGGGAUCGUGGGCAACAGAGCAGAUCGCGUUAAGCCCCAAAAUUUUUGAGGUGACAUGUCUUUUUUGGUGGCCGUAAACUUCCAUCCAAUAUGGCUUGCACAGAUCUUACACUGGGCAACAGUCCAGGCAUACCUAAGAAAAUAAGGAAAGAUAUCAGCUAAGGAAACACUUCUGUACUCCAAGCCUAUCCUAUCUAUCAUAUCAACCUAUCAUGAAGACAGACCUUAGAAUAUCUCCUUAAUCCUUAGGAUUUGAUCCAUACAGUUCCCUGAAACCUAAAAACAUUUUCUAAUUUGGAUACAUCCUAUGGUAAUACAUCAGUCUGUUAUAUAUAAUUUUAUGCUCUUAAGCCAUGUUCACAUUCUUCUGCAUAGAAAUAAAGAGUAAUCUUACAAAUUUCUUUAUACAAAUUGCUGGUUGCCAAGACCACAUUCUAACUUGUGUUGUAUUGUAGCCAAGUUAGAAAACAGCAACCACCUGCAGAAAUAGGCACUUCUGUCUGAGUUAAACUGGAUGGGCCAGGAAGGACACGUCUCAAAAAAUACUUGAAAACUACUAUUCCAAAAUAAGAAUGAUUGUCAGAUAAUGCAACCAGAAAUACAAACCAUGGCAUUUUGUUUUUAAGAUAAAUCACAUAAUUGCAACUGUUAUUUCUUUUUCCCCUAGGUAUAGUAUGCCACAUUUACUAUUUAUAGUAACAAAUGUAUUCUAGUUUUAGUCCUCACAUAGGGUGCCAAAUAAGAUAGAUAGGGCAAUCCAAGUGACAUGGUCCUAACUCUAGAGUAGCAUGUAAUCCCUUCUUAGCAUCCCUCUUUGAAAACUGAAGAUAGUUGAAGAUAGUACGGCUGAGGGAAGGGAGCAGGUUCCCAGGAUCAUACUUUUGAGAAUCAUUAAGCUGAAGCCAACAACAACAACAACGAAAGGCAAACCAGAAGAAAAGCAGGAUUCAAUGGGUUCUGCACCUUCUUAGUCUAUCAUUGCUUUGUAAACAUUCUCCGGUUUUACAUUACUACAGAAUAUGGUCCAGAUAUGAAGUUUUACUGGGUCAUAAAACAGCUGAUUUUCAGAAUUAUGUGACAGAAAAAAACAAUUUUGGAUUUAACUGGAUACAGUAAUUUGAGGACAACUGCAGUUGUCAACCUUUUCUUAACUUUUCAUUCAAUGAUGCUAUAUAAAAGAUACAAAAAGUGCAACAUGUUUCUAGCUAUUUGUGGAAUGAAGGACAUUUAAAUAAAAUUACUUUUUUUUUUGAGACAGAUUCUCACUCUGUCGCCAGGCUGGAGUGCAGUGGCUCAGUCUUGGCUCACUACAACACUCUGCCUCCCAGGUUCCAGCGAUUCUUGUGCCUCAGCCUCCCGAGUAGCUGGGAGUACAGACCCCUGCCCCCACACCCAGCUAAUUUUUGUAUAAAAUUACUCAUUUGUCUACUUUUUAUUAUAAAGAUUGUAGCAACUCUGCUUAGGACUGGAUUUUUCUGCCCAAUUAGGGUAAAAAAAGAAAAAAAAAAAAGCAACCACCACCAUAACAUUACCCAGGAAACCAGCUGUGUUCCGUAGAAGGCCGGCCUAUCAGAUUCAAGUUGCAAGCUUUAUACACAGUAAGUGUCUCAUGCACAUAUCCAUGAGGAUUCACAUAAGCUGCCAUCGGCCCACAUAAGGAUAAACUAAAACAAAGAAUCAACAUGGAGGACAAGUCAAAAUGAGAAGUCUAAUUCUAUUAAAUGCUUAGAAUUUUCCUGAAGUUCACCAAGAAAUGAGGUAUGAGCUAUAUAGUUUUUAAUCUUUCAGUUUUACAUAAUACCAGGAUCUUAGUAUUAAAAUGGGGUGGGGGUGUAGCUGGCAGACAGGCCUGUUUUGUCUAAAUGUCUAAGUGUUUUCUGUGAUGACCCAAAGGAAAUAGUACUUGUUUUUAAAAUCCUCCUCAAGACAGACAUUGUAAAGAAUAUAAAAUUCAAGUGCUUCUAAAGGAGUCUGAGAGUAUAAGUGCAAUAACAAGGUCCUGUGCGGUCAUUUUGGGGCAGUUGAUUAUUUUGCAGAAAGCAGUUUCCUUACCUUCUUGAUUUAUAACUCUGAAAAUCAUUUUAUGACAAAUUCAUCAAACACUGUUAUAUCAGAGCAUCAGUGUUCAGAAGCAUGUCCUACUUUGGCCCUAUAUGGCAAAACUGAUGACUGAAAUGUAAUUUCUGAGGCAUCUAUGUUAGGGCCUAAUUGAAGACAAUAUAUUAUGUAGAUUUCUAAGACAGUCUAAUAUAUAGAAUUAGGGGGAAAAGAAUUGCUCAGUUGUUUUACUUUACCAUGCUCAUUACCUGUGAAUAAUCCCUGACAUGUAUUGUUGAUCUGAGUACUCAAUCUGGAAGAUGGUCUUACCAAAAGUGAACUAAUUCCCUAUAUUUCAUUUGCUGAGUGUUUGUAACUUUUAGGUAUUGGAGGAAAGUAUAUGGAAAACAGAAACACAGUCUUGAUUGUAAUUCUGAUAAGGCAAGUAUAUUAAAAAUGUAAUAAAGACCUUACCUGAAUAUUUCA